UCGAGGAGGAGAGAGCAAUAGAGCCUUCGUCAGUCAAAGACACACUCACACAGAGCUGCAUUUUUCUUUUUCUCAGAAAAGAUUUUUUCCCCGGAGAAAAUAUAAUUUCCUCAAGAAUCCAAUCUACGAAAAAGGGCUCAUUAAUGUGAUGGGAUUCAAGCACGAGAAAACCCAGAGAGAUUAAAAGAGAGCGAGGCUCCUUCGAGCGUCUGAUUUCACGUCUUCGAGCAAGCUUUAAGAAAUCCAAAAUCUGUGUAGAAGAGACCGGCGUAGUAAUGGGUGCUUCGCCGGAAAAGUUGAGAGUCGACAUGCGAGAAGUGGAAGAGAAGUGUAGAGAAAGCAGUUGCUGCAGCUCCGAUUUUCUGAUCUCGGAAACAACAAGACAAGAAGAGGAACAUAGCCCUAGCAGUACGGAGGAUUUCACAGGUUCUCCGAUUUCAUCUCGGUGGUCGGAGAAGAAUAUGGACGGAGAUAAGAAGAUUCGUUCGGAUUGUGCGAAACAUCCAAGAGCUUCAGAGAUUGAGAUGAUGAAGGAGAGAUUUUCGAAGCUGCUACUUGGAGAAGAUAUGUCAGGUUCUGGAAAUGGUGUCUGCACAGCUUUAGCCAUCUCAAACGCAAUCACUAAUCUUUGUGCUACCUUGUUCGGGCAACUAUGGAGGUUAGAACCGCUGCCUACGGAGAAGAAAGAGAUGUGGAGAAGAGAAAUGGAAUGGCUUCUCUGUGUGAGUGAUCACAUUGUAGAGAUGACUCCUACUUGGCAAACAUUUCCCGAUGGAAGCAAACUUGAGAUAAUGACUUGCAGACCAAGAUCAGAUCUUUAUGUUAACCUCCCAGCUCUCAGGAAACUAGAUAAUAUGCUUCUCGAGAUUUUAGAUAGUUUUGAGGAGACAGAGUUUUGGUAUGUUGACCAAGGAAUCAUGGCACACGAAUCAGCAGCCGAUGGAUCAACUUCGUUUCGAAAAUCUUUUCAGAGACAAGAGGACAAAUGGUGGCUUCCGGUUCCACGGGUUUCACCUGGAGGAUUACAAGAAAACUCAAGGAAACAGUUGCAGCAUAAACGGGACUGCACUAAUCAGAUACUAAAAGCUGCUAUGGCCAUCAACAGUAUCACACUCAACGACAUGGAAAUCCCUGAAUCAUACCUUGAAUCUCUUCCACGGAAAGGAAGAUCCUGCCUUGGUGAUUUAAUCUACAGAUACAUUUCGUCAGAUCAAUUCUCACCAGAAUAUCUUCUUGAUUGCCUUGACUUAUCCUCUGAACAUCAAGCCAUAGAGAUAGCUAACCGAGUCGAGUCAUCGAUCUACCUAUGGCACAAAAGAAGUAAUUCCAAACCAGCUACGAAUACCAAAACGUCGUGGGAAAUGGUGAAAGAACUAAUGGUUGAUGGAGAGAAGCUAGAGUUAAUGGCGGAUCGUGCUGAAAGUUUGUUGCUUUCUUUAAAACAACGGUUCCCGGGUCUCCCUCAAACCGCUCUAGACAUGAGCAAAAUCCAAUACAACAAGGACAUCGGGAAAUCGAUUCUGGAGAGCUACUCGAGAGUUCUAGAGAGCUUAGCGUUCAAUAUCGUUGCACGUAUCGAUGAUUUGCUCUUUGUUGAUGAUCUGACAAGACAUUCAUCGGAUCAGAUUCCGACAACAUUAGGCAACAACGGUAAUGACGCUCUUAAGAACAUUGAAUUGCCGGUUACAACCUACACAACUCCAAGCUACUCCCCCGCAAAACCGGAACUCCGAUCAUCAAUCACAGUGCCGCCGUCACCUUCCCGGUUUAAGAUUCCUCACAGUAGCAGCGUUAAAAGGGUUUUGACGGCUUAUGUAGCAAAGAACGAACCAAGAUUGAAAGAUGUUUCAGGUGAGAGAUCGGGCCGUUCUUCGUCGAGUGAGAGAUUGUCCCUUGAGAAAUGCAUGAAGGAGUCGUUGAAUGUAUCGAACCUUGAUCCUGGGAUUUGAAUUACUCUCCUCGGAAAAGUCUCGGUUUUGAAUCCGGUCUUUUCGUUUUAUUUGAAUAUCAUCUUUAAAUGUUUAUUUCUUCUUGUGUGUAUAAUAUAACUGGAAAGAUGGACUUUGAGAA